CCCCCGGUAGAAGCAGAGAGCCUCGCAGACCGAGAGAGACACGGCGGACUCCAUUGCUGUUCCGAGUGCGUUUCUCGCCGGACUUGGCUGUUGACUCGUCGCGUUUCGAACGUCGUCGUUGAUCCGCGUCCGCGAUCUACGAGUACGUCGUCGAGUCUCGAGACCGACCGACCGAUCCAUCUCCGCCGGAGAGAGGCUUGGUGAAUUUCGGAUACGAUCUCGCUGUUGUCCCCCCAGUGCGCGGGUGUAGUCUCGCGGAGGCUUGUCGUUUGUCGUGCGUGACCGAGACGCCAAGAGAGAAAGGCCCACAGAAUGGCUGACCAACUCACAGAAGAACAGAUCGCAGAGUUUAAGGAAGCGUUUUCGCUAUUCGAUAAAGACGGCGACGGUACCAUAACCACCAAAGAAUUGGGUACAGUCAUGCGGUCCCUCGGUCAAAAUCCCACAGAAGCCGAACUACAAGACAUGAUUAAUGAAGUAGAUGCAGAUGGUAACGGCACAAUCGACUUUCCCGAGUUCUUGACCAUGAUGGCGCGUAAAAUGAAGGACACGGAUAGCGAGGAAGAGAUUAGGGAGGCCUUCAGAGUGUUCGAUAAAGAUGGAAAUGGUUUCAUAUCCGCGGCAGAACUUAGACACGUCAUGACCAAUCUUGGCGAAAAACUCACUGAUGAGGAAGUAGAUGAAAUGAUACGGGAGGCCGAUAUCGAUGGCGACGGUCAAGUUAAUUAUGAAGAAUUCGUCACAAUGAUGACAUCAAAGUGAAUGCAACCUGUGUAACGGAAGAACUCGCGACUCGGAGUGGUGUUGACGUAUUAAAUAAAUCAAGAAACAGAGAAAAAACAUAUGUAACAAAAACAGAAUCAACCAGAAAGUGAUAAAUCUUGUAUCAUGCGAAGAUGAUCUAUAAAAGCGCGAAGAGUCAACGUCCGAUACCGCGUUUAAAAUCAUCGUUUAACGAUAAGUAAUACAGGGCAAUUAAUUGUUUAAUUAAAAGAGUUAUACCACUAAAAUCAUUAUCUCUCAAAACACGAAUAUUUACGCGUGUACACACACACACAUACACACACACACAAAACACAAUACACAAUAACACAUUACACCGAUACAUACGAACGGAACACUCAAAGAGUAUAUACACACACGUACAUACACGUUCACUCGAAUGUCUUAUUUCCAUUGGAUAAAACAAAUUUAGAAGUGAGAUAACGCAAAGACACACGAUUGCGCGCGCAUGUGCACCAACGACAAAGAAAAAAAGUGCAUUUUCCACUUUACUCUCUUUCUCGACUGCCCCCCUUCCUUUUCUCUUGUUACAUCCCUCGCCAUCAUCUUUCCUCCUAGUCUUCGUAUCUUCUUCAUUUCCUCCAAAGAUUUUUCAUGAGAAAGGCAUGUCGAAGAAUUGUAAUUUCUCUUUGCAAAUGGAGAGGAAACGUGUGCGUUUGUGGGACAAAAUAUAAAUCCGAUGUAAAAUACUA